AUGGGUAUCUGCAGCUCGUCUUGCUGCGGAGGACGGUCCCGCGAUGGCCUUUACGAACCCGUCCUUGCCGACAGUGAGCGGGAGGCUGUGGCCGACCUGCUUCAGUACCUCGAAAACCGCGGCGAGACCGACUUCUUCUCCGGCGAACCCCUUCGUGCCUUGAGUACCUUGGUCUUUUCUGAAAACAUCGACCUUCAACGUAGUGCCAGCUUGACAUUCGCCGAGAUCACCGAACGAGAUGUUCGUGAGGUCGACCGCGAUACCCUCGAACCAAUUCUCUUCCUCCUCCAGAGCCCCGAUAUCGAAGUCCAACGAGCAGCCAGUGCCGCCCUAGGGAACCUGGCCGUAGACACCGAGAACAAGGUUCUCAUUGUACAACGCGGUGGUUUGACUCCGUUGAUUCGCCAGAUGAUGUCUCCCAAUGUCGAGGUCCAGUGCAAUGCUGUGGGAUGUAUCACGAAUCUGGCUACCCACGAGGAGAACAAGGCCAAGAUUGCCCGCUCCGGCGCUCUGGGUCCGUUGACGAGGUUGGCCAAGUCCCGGGAUAUGCGAGUUCAGCGGAACGCGACAGGCGCUCUCCUCAACAUGACACAUUCGGACGAGAACCGACAACAGUUGGUCAACGCUGGAGCUAUCCCAGUGCUGGUUCAGCUUCUCUCCUCGCCCGACGUUGAUGUCCAGUACUACUGUACAACAGCUCUCAGCAACAUUGCUGUUGACGCAAGCAACCGACGGAAGCUGGCGCAGACUGAGCCCAAGCUGGUUCAGUCAUUGGUCAACCUUAUGGACUCAACAUCCCCCAAGGUCCAGUGUCAGGCCGCCCUUGCUCUUCGAAACCUUGCCUCGGACGAAAAAUACCAGCUUGAUAUUGUCCGAGCCAACGGUCUGCACCCGCUCCUCCGUCUCCUACAAUCCUCUUAUCUGCCGCUCAUUCUCUCCGCUGUCGCCUGUAUACGAAAUAUCUCGAUCCACCCUAUGAACGAAUCUCCUAUUAUCGAAACCAACUUCCUCAAGCCCCUCGUCGAUCUUCUUGGAUCAACCGACAACGAAGAGAUUCAGUGUCACGCUAUCUCGACUCUCCGAAACUUGGCUGCUAGCUCUGAUCGCAACAAGGCACUCGUUUUGGAUGCUGGUGCUGUGCAAAAGUGCAAACAGCUGGUUCUGGAUGUCCCGGUUACUGUUCAGUCUGAGAUGACGGCUGCUAUUGCAGUCCUUGCCCUUAGUGAUGACCUCAAGUCUCAUCUGCUGAAUCUGGGAGUGUGCGCUGUUCUGAUUCCGCUGACGCACUCGCCGAGCAUCGAGGUUCAAGGCAACAGCGCUGCUGCGCUAGGCAACCUCUCCUCUAAAGUUGGUGAUUACUCCAUCUUUGUGCAGAACUGGACGGAGCCUCAGGGCGGAAUUCAUGGAUACCUCUGCCGGUUCCUUCAGUCCGGUGACGCGACUUUCCAGCACAUUGCUGUCUGGACUCUGCUCCAGCUGUUCGAAUCUGAGGACAAGACUUUGAUUGGGCUCAUCGGUAAGGCCGAGGAUAUCAUCGAGCACAUUCGAAACAUUGCAAACCGUCAGAUCGAGCCCAGCGACGAAUUCGAGGAUGAGGACGAGGGCGAAGUCGUCAACCUGGCCCAGCGCUGCCUGGAGCUUCUGGGACAGAGCAUGUCCAAGGCGCAUAUCGAAGGCUGA